AGAUAAUGUCUGCAGUUGAUGCUACUGUGUAUUAUAAUCGAGGUAUAUCAUCUAGUUAUAUUAUUAGGUGUUUUAUUUAAACAACAAGGAGAAAAAGAAAAAGCACUUCAAGAUUACAACAUGGCCAUCAAAUUAAAUCCAAAUUAUGCUACUGCUUAUAUAAACCGAGGUAUAUCAUCUUGUUAUAUUAUUAGGAGUGCUAUUUAAACAAUAAGGAGAAAAAGAAAAAGCACUUCAAGACUACAAUAUGGCCAUCAAAUUAAAUCCAAAUUAUGCUACUGUGUAUAUAAACCGAGGUAUAUCUUUAGUUGUAUAAUUAGGGAAUUUAUUUAAUGAAAAAGGAGAAAAAGAAAAAGCCCUUUAAGACUACAACAUGGCUAUUAAAUUAAAUCCAAAUUAUACUAAUGCAUAUUAUAACCGAGGUAUAUCAUCUAGUUAUAUAAUUAGGUGUUUUAUUUAAACAACUAGGAGAAACAGAAAAAGCAAAUCAAGACUACAACACGGCAAUCCAUUUAAAUCCAAAUUAUGCUACUGCGUAUAUAAACCGAGGUAUAACAUCUAGUUAUAUAAUUAGGGAAUUUAUUUAAUGAACAAGGAGAAAAAGAAAAUGCACUUUAAGACUACAACAUGGCCAUAAAAUUAAAUCCAAAUUAUGCUGAUGCGUAUUUUAACAGAGGUUUAUCAACAAGUAAUUUAACUAGGAGUUUUAUUUAAACAACAAGGAGAAAAAGAAAAAGCACUCCAAGAUUACAACAGGGCCAUCAAAUUAAAUCCAAAUUAUGCUACUGCAUAUAUAAACCGAGGUAUAUCAACUAAUUAUGUAAUUAGGAGUCUUAUUUAAACAACAACAAGAAAAAGAAAAAGCCCUCCAAGACUACAACGUUGCCAUAAAAUUAAAUCCAAAUUAUGCUGAUGCGUAUUUUAACAGAGGUUUAUCAACAAGUAAUUUAAUUAGGAGUUUUAUUUAAACAACAAGGAGAAAAAGAAAAAGCAAUCCAAGACUACAACAUGGCCAUCAAAUUAAAUCCAAAUUAUGCUACUGCAUAUUAUAACCGAGGUAUAUCACCUAAUUUUAUAUUUAGGAGUUAUAUUUACACAAAAAGGAGAAAAAGAAAAAGCACUCCAAGACUACAACAAGGCUAUUAAAUUAAAUCCAAAUUAUGCUGCUGCAUAUUAUGACCGAGGUACGUCAUCUAGUUAUUUAAGUAGGAGUUUUAUUUAAACAAAAAGGAGAAAAAGAAAAUGCACUCCAAGACUACAACACAACAAUCAAAUUAAAUCCAAAUUAUACUGCUGCAUAUUAUUAACGAGGUGUAUCAUCUAGUUAUAUAAGUAGGAGUUUUAUUUAAUGAACAAGGAGAAAAAGAAAAAGCAAUCCAAGACUAGGAAAAAGCACUUCUAUUAGAACCAGAUCACCCACUUUUACUAACAAACUUAGGAAGUCUCUAUUUUUAAUAAUAAUCAUUUGAUUAAUCAAAUAUUUAUCUUACAAGAGCACAAAAAUAAUUGGAUCAAAUAACUUUUUAAUAAAUAUCGAAAUGGAAUUUAUCUAAUUCAAAUCUUACAUAUAUUAAGAAGGAAGUUAGUCUACUUACCGAAAUUCAAAUUUAGAUAUAAAUAACAGAUAUUUUACUUAAAUACAUUUCUAAAGAAGUCUAAACAUAGUAGACAAUAUAAUUAGAGGAAUAAGGCUAAAUGCUAGUAGAUGAAUUAACAUAAACAAUAAAACCAUUAGAUAUUUAAUUAAAUUAAAAUCUAUAAACAGAUUACUUUUAGAUAUUACAAAAAUUUUAGCAAAGAUUUAAUAAUCUUUAAAACCAAAUAGCUACACAUGCAAUCAGUGUCAAUUCACUUUUAGAAUAAGACAGUAUUCAAGUUUCUGAAUCUCUUAAACAAUUAAAUAAAAAAGAAAAUUACGAUUAAUGGAUGUAUUAUAAUGCUUUAGCUUGGAGAUUAUAUAAUUAUUUAUCUGCUAUUUAAUAGAUUUGCACUAAUCUAUUUUAAAAUAACAAAAAUGCAAUAAUAGAAAGUAACUCUGAAUAAACUUUAAAUGUUUUUCAAAAGAUGCUAAAUAUAGGAUCAUAUAUCUUUGGAGGAUUACCUAUUGUUGGUAAUUCUUUUAACAUAAUUAAUGCUGCUCUUGAUUUUGGAUUUGAAUAUCAUAAAGAGCAUAAAUUUACUACAAGAUUAAAAAAACUAAAUAAUAUUUUAAAAUGUAGUUCUAUAGUUCCCGGCCAAUUAUAAAUAUAAGUAUAAAUUGCAGGCUUAGAAUUAAGUAAAACAUAAUACGCUAAUUUGAUUAAUAAACCAAAAUCAAGAUUUAGGAAAUUUACAGAUUAAUUGUUGCAAGAAGAAGAUAAAUAAUUCAGAAAUAAUAUUUACUGGGCAGCAGGCACUGAAGAUGCAUUGAUUAUUUUAAAUUAUUUGGAAGCAAAUAGUGAUAUGAUAAUAAAUGAAAUAUUUAGCAAAAAAGUAGAUUUAAGUUGGAUAAUUAUCAAAGCAAUCAAAGAAUAAUAUGAGUUAUCUCAAAAUAUUUCGAUUUAAUAGCAAGGGAACAAAACUCCAUUUUAAUUUUGUAUUGUUUAAUGA